CAACCACUGAUCUGGUAUCCUCCAAUAAUUCUUCAGCAUCACAGCCUGACUGAGGAACAGCCAGCGUGAGCAAUGCGUCGCUGAUCUUUGCACAUAGGCUGUACCUUGUGGGAGGGGAAGAAAAUCCGUCAGAUGGAGGGGUAAGAAUCACAGCUCGCAACCCUAACACCAAAAAUAAAGGCAGGAUGUCAAUUUGGGAACAAGACUCAGCGAAUAUUAUUUUGCAUCAGAAGGUAUUUUUGGGGGGCGAAAAUUGAAGACCAUUUCUGACGACUUGACUGAUUAUCGCAAGGUCCAGUGUGACCCAGAAAAUCAAGCAUCAUCUGGCACCUAGAAACUAUUUUUUUUUGCCGGAUCGGGGUAAGAUUUGCAGCACCGGCAAUGUUGCCAGCUCAGGAGGCAGCUAAAAUUUACCACACCAAUUAUGUGAGGAACUCAAGAGCGAUCGGCGUACUCUGGGCUAUUUUCACCAUUUGUUUUGCCAUAGUGAAUGUAGUGUGCUUCAUCCAGCCUUACUGGAUCGGAGAUGGGGUGGACACUCCACAAGCCGGUUACUUCGGGCUUUUCCAUUAUUGCAUCGGCAACGGGCUUUCCCGGGAGCUGACCUGUCGCGGCAGCUUCACUGACUUCUCCACCAUUGCUUCCGGAGCUUUCAAAGCCGCCUCUUUCUUCAUCGCGAUGUCCAUGGCGCUCAUUAUGGGCUGCAUCGCCUGCUUCGUCCUCUUCUUCUUCUGUAACACGGCCACCGUCUACAAAAUCUGCGGCUGGGUCCAACUUACAUCUGCUGCCUGCUUGAUCUUGGGCUGCAUGAUUUUCCCAGAUGGCUGGGAUUCAGAUGAAGUAAAGCGCAUGUGUGGUGAGAAAACAGACAAGUAUAUACUUGGUGCCUGCUCUGUUCGCUGGGCCUACAUUCUGGCUAUUAUUGGAAUCUUAGAUGCGCUCAUUCUUUCAUUUCUGGCAUUUGUCCUCGGCAACCGACAAGAUGGCUUAUUGCCAGAGGACUUCAAAGUGGAUACCAAAGAUGAUGGAAAUGCUUAAUAUACAAUGAGUACUAGAAGGUAAAUGCUCAUUUUAUUAAUACCACAUUCAAAAAAGGAAGCUCUCCUGGAGAAUUUUCUGCUUUUCCUGUAAAAAGAAGUUUGAACACCAAACUGUUAGAAGAACAAGAUAUGAACUGUGGAUUUGCAAGAGUACCGAUGUUUGUGUACCACUGGAAGUUACAUUUGCUUUCCAUUGCGCUACAUGGAGUCUGAUCAAGAUGCAUUUUGCAGAGAAACUUCCUUCCAAAGGAAAAAGAGAAUGCAUAUCCAACUUCCUCAGAUUGCUUCUCUUAGGUGAACAGUUCAGCUGUACUGUGAACGUUUUGUACUACGUAUACAGCAAUACAGCAGCUGACAGCUUUAAAAUCCAGAGUUGUCUCCUUUGCAGUGACAGUAUUAUGUAUUCGUUCUUAAUAGAAACAGGAAUUUUGUAGAGUAGUAGAUGGUCAGUAUUAAUUUCAUCCUGUCAUUACAUAAGCUAUUGACUUGUAUAUCAAAAUGUACAUAUUAUUCACAAAAAUGUUAACUGGUUAGAGGUAACUGAAAAUCAUGGCUCAUUUAUCAUUAAUAUUUCUGGAACUAUUGUCAACUGUCAUUGGUUUGUCUAUUCCUUAUUCUUGAAUGUUUCCUAACAAGUACCAACUUACUUGAAAAGAUCAGCCUACUUUACUGUAUUCAAUCAUAAAUAAGCAUUACUGGAACUGUGAUGCCAAUUGACAAGUAAGGCAUUUUGCAAUUUGCACAAUUAAAAUGGCUACAUUCAAGUAAGUUAUCCACAAUAGUGGAUCAAUUUUAGUGUAUUUCAACUGUGAAGCUAUGCGCAGCUUCUGUAAGUACAGUACAUCAUUUGCAAUAUUACAUUGAAAGAUUUUGUAGAUUAAACACAGGAGUUUCCUCAA